AUGGCUAACUUCGCUGCUCGGAUCAAGGACAAGUUCCUCGGUCUCGUCGACCGUGUCGCCGGCUACGGCCGCAUUGGAGGUGAAAAGGACAAAGUACAGGAGCCCGCUAAGCUGCACAGCGUCCAGCGCGUUGAGGUUAGAUCUCGAGGAGCAGAACCCGUUGUGGGAGAAGGAUCUACGGCGGGGCCCAAUUAA